UAGUUCUUCCGUUGGAGUGGGGAAGCAGAGAGACAGUAGGAAGAUUGUUCAGGCUUUGCUGAUGCUGUCUCUACCGAAACCCAUCACCAUUUAUUCUAUCACGCAUCGAUCCACAACCUCAAGUCGUGGAGUGAUGAACAAUAAUGGCAUUUUCUGCAGCUUUCCAGACUGUCCAUGAAGAUCCAGUCAUGUAAAUCAGGAAUGAACCUUUCACUCCCUGCCUUUUUUUUAAAUGCCGUUCCUUUUAAACCCAUCAAUGAAGCAUCUGACGCCGAGUCUUUGCCUUUCCCCCACAUGUCUCAAUGUAGUGCGAGAGGGGGUUAAAUAAAUAUAUUUUGCAGGCAGCUGCUGUGCAAUCGCGCUUGUCUUUUCUUUCUAAAUAAAAGAAAGGGAAGAAAGUAUUUCGAAAUGAUUUUUUGUCCCCUUUCUCGUUUUAUGCUGUUGCUUUGCUCUUUGAUUGAAUGGUUGUAUUGCAAUGGAGAGCCGUCAGGGAUCAAGGUCCCUCUGAAAAAUGAUAUCGGGAUCCCCAGCAGGUUGCCCAGAGCUGCCGAUGAGACUGGCCGGAGACAAAGUAUCAAUUUUAUGGAUAUGGUUGAUAAUCUGAGAGGGAAAUCUGGACAGGGAUAUUAUGUGGAGAUGACAAUAGGAACACCCGCUCAGAAGCUGAACAUUCUGGUGGACACUGGUAGCAGUAACUUUGCUGUUGGUGCUGCAGCCCAUCCAUUCCUGAAGAGAUACUAUCGCCGUAAUCUCUCCAAUACUUACCGGGACCUGAGGAAGAGUGUCUACGUGCCAUACACCCAGGGGAAAUGGGAAGGGGAGCUCGGGACAGAUAUCGUCUGUGUUCCACACGGUCCGAAUGUCUCAGUCAGAGCAAACAUUGCUGCCAUCACAGAGUCAGACAAAUUCUUCAUCAAUGGCUCCAACUGGGAGGGGAUCCUGGGAUUAGCAUAUGCUGAAAUUGCCAGGCCCGAUGAAAAUUUGGAGCCAUUUUUUGACUCACUGGUGAAGCAGACUCAAGUGCCCAACAUCUUCUCGCUGCAGCUUUGUGGAACAGGCUUCUCUUUGAAUGACUCGGACUCUGCAUCGUCUGUGGGGGGGAGCAUGAUAAUUGGUGGCAUUGACUCUUCUCUUUAUCUGGGCAACAUCUGGUUUACGCCAAUCAGAAAGGAGUGGUACUAUGAGGUCAUUAUAGUGAAGAUUGAGAUCAACGGACAGGACCUGAACCUGGACUGUAAGGAGUAUAACUACGACAAGAGUAUCGUGGACAGUGGAACUACAAACCUUCGGCUGCCCAAGAAAGUGUUCCAAGCUGCAGUGAAAUCCAUCAAAGCUGCGUCUUCUACAGAGAAAUUCCCAGAUGGUUUUUGGUUGGGUGAGCAGCUGGUUUGCUGGCAGAUUGGCACCACGCCCUGGCACAUCUUCCCAACAAUAUCGCUCUACCUCAUGGGGGAGGCCACUAAUCAAUCUUUCCAAAUCACUAUCCUCCCACAACAAUACCUGCGCCCAGUGGAGGAUGUGGCCACUUCUCAGGAUGAUUGCUAUAAGUUUGCCAUCUCCCAGUCUACAACAGGAACCGUGAUGGGUGCCGUCAUCAUGGAGGGGUUUUAUGUUGUCUUUGACCGCGCUCGCAAACGCAUUGGGUUUGCAGUUAGCACUUGUCACGUGCACGAUGAGUUCCGGUCAGCUAUGGUGGAGGGUCCCUUCUUUAGCACCAACAUGGAGGACUGCGGCUACAAUAUUCCCCAGACGGAUGAGUCUACGCUGAUGACAAUUGCCUAUGUGAUGGCAGCCAUCUGCGCCCUCUUCAUGCUGCCUCUGUGCCUCAUGGUCUUUCAGUGGCGCUGUUUCCGUUGUCUUCGCCAUGAUCACGAUGACUUUGCAGAUGACAUAUCGUUGCUGAAGUGAAUAAGGAAGAACUGUUCAAAAUGGAAGAAUAUCUCCCCCUCUCCUUUUUAACUAAGAAGCAGUUUACAGCGAUGGAUAGAACAGCAGGUGUUCCAAGAAUCAAAAGCGAGAGUUGAGGUUCAUGAUUAUUGUAGUGUAGACAAAAUUACAUCCCCCACAUCCCCCAGUGUGCAGGCCCUGCCAUGUUGUACUAUCUUUCAGUCAGAUCAUUUCCUUGAACUGUGACUGAAUAUCCGUAGGGCAGACCAACAGCCCAGUGACAGUGAUGUUCGAGAAUUGAAUAACUCGACAAGGCACACAAACUCCUCCUCACAAGAGACGUCAACUAACUGAAAGAAAUCCACUUGAGUAUCUCCAAAAGGAAACUGUAAAUAUUAGCCACAGAGAAAUAUUUUUUAUUUGACAGAUUCCUCACCUUGAUCAUACCCAACCUAAUUCCAUGGUAUCUUCUACUGGACCAAUAGCAAAUACAUGAGCAGUGGAAAUUGUUGUUAAUGACAUCUGCUUGAUUUUUAUCAGUCUCUAGCCUGUGCAGCCCAGCAGUGGCCAUUCACUCCUACAAAUUGAGUGCAACGUGGUUUUACAUUACCAGCACAUUGACACUACCUUACAGAUAUCAUUUAUAAUGCAUAGUGUUUACAUUUAUGUGUAAAUAUCCAGAAAUAUAUGCAUUAUAGUAAGUUGCAUUACAUUUAUAGGGCAGCAUUGAACAAUGUGGCAUUGCAGUGACCAUUCAAUGCCUUUUGCCUUCUUUCGCUCCUGAAGACCAUGAGUCCUCAUGCAGUAACUUUUUAAUGUGUACUGGGCACCCUCAAUAGUUGUCUUAAAUGGUCAUUUAUGAAAUGCAAGCCCAACUGACAUAUGUCAGUGUGUCCAUGGAUCUCCAUGGGAGAUGAUGCUGCCAUUUACAAAUUAGGCACUUUUCCACAGAGGGCACGGAUAAUGGUCGAUAUUGGGAGUUGAGGCUGCUGUGGCCAGCUGUACUGUUUUCCACUGCUAUUCAGAAUGAAAUCAGGUCACUCAGCACACCGACUGAAGAUUAAUCUUGGGAACUUCUGGCUUGUAUAUUUGUAUGUGUGUCAUUUAUUUAGUAUCUUGAUCAAAAUGCCAUUGAGAGGAAUCUUGGCCAAUGUGACAUGACAACUGCAACCCAACUGCCUUAUACAGCUGUUCCUGAGAUAGCGCUACUGUGGUUACUCUUGUGAUUUGAUGGUGUUUUAAUAGCAGUGCUUCAACUUGAAAUUAGAAAACUAAAGCAAAUCUUCAUCUAUACAAAGGUCAAAGGGCCAAGGGGUCAACUCCUGCUCUUUGUUCCCAUGUUCUAAUCUUUAAAACUAGUAAUAUUGGCCCUGUUUACACCACUGACAUAUCCUGUGACCAGGCCAUUGGCUAAUCUUUAACACAUGGAAGUAAAUUUGCCAUAGUCCCAGAGGACAAUAUGGUUGCUGCCUCACCAGAGAGAGAGAGACAUGAAUUCAUUAACAUCUAAACUGAUUAGGCAAUACUCAUUUGUCAAUCUGCCAAAUCCUUUCACCAUAUGUAGCCAUAUCAAACUGCUGGUCAGUGACAGAAUUAAUCGACACUUUGUGUUCAUGUUUCACCUGUUCAAAAACUAGGUGCAAUUUGUGGAUUCAAGUUUUAAUAGUAUCUCAAUAUUACUUCCACAUAGUUGCCCCACUGUUCACAUGGGUUUCACAUAAGUAUUCAGUAUCUGGAUAUUUCAGCAUAAAUGUUCAUGAAUGUUAUAAGCAGUUAUUGGCAAAGGAAGCAAUUGAAACAUUGAUUCUUGUGCAUCUGGAUGAUAGGAGUGUUGAGAGAUUAAGACUGUGAUAUUGUAAUGGCAGGUGGUCUGCAAUGAGGUGGUAUUGGUAUUUUGUGAUUUACAAUCUGAGGGAAACUAGAUAGUACCCUUCUAGGAAAUGAUCAAGGAAGACAGGGUAGAUGCAGCAAGGAUCCUUGCUCUAGCUGAGAGGGUUAGAACCCAGAGUCAUGGUUUCAAAAUAUGGGUAGACCAUGUAGAAUUUGAAAACAGGGAGAAUUUCUCCUCUCAGGGGUGGUGGCGCUGAAAUCUUUGGAAUUUUCUCCCCCAAAGAGUGGUGGAGUACUAUGACUGAUGAAGGGUCUAGGCUCGAAACGUCAGCUUUUGUGCUCCUAAGAUGCUGCUUGGCCUGCUGUGUUCAUCCAGCUCCACACUUUGUUAUUUGAGAUUCAACUUUUGUAUGUUUCAGACUGAAUUUGAUAAGUUUCUAACAGGAAGAAAAUCAAGUCAUACACCAGUGCAGGAAAACGGUGUUGACAAUCAGCCAUAAUCUCAUUGGUUGAAAGUAUGAAACUCAAAGGGCUGAAUGGCCUACUCCUCCUUCUGUUUCUUAAUUUAGUCACUUGGUAGGAUAGAACUUGUGUAUUGCUGAAAAAAAAUGUUGUUAAUCACCUCAUCAAGAUAACUCACAAGAAAUAUCAACAGAAAGGAAAAUAAUACUAAUACAAUAUGAAAAGAGAGUUCUGAUUGGUUGGCAAUUGGACUCUAAUUGGUGCCAGUGUUGCCACAAAGAAUGCACCAGUUAAUGAUGAUUGACUAUAUACUGUCAAGUUUUGCUUAAAUUUGAUUCAGGUAGAUUGACUGUUAUUGGUCAAGGCAUUAUCCUAACAGUUGAACCAGAGAAUGGUGUCACUUACUUUGUUGAGUUGAAAAAGGGGCAGUUUGUGUACUUUUUUUUGUCUACAAAGACCAGAACUUCCAAUGCAUGGAAGUGCACCAAUUUAUAAUUAUCAGUCGAGCUCACAAUGUGGGCACUGGAGCAUACUGGAAGCUCUGUUCUGUGCACACAGAAAGAAGUUGUACACACCCUCUUCCUGUUUAAAUUUAACAAAAUAGGUGACAACCAUUCUCUCGUGUAUUUUUCAGGGCAAAACCUUGAUCAAUCAGAGUCAACCUGCCUGGUUUAAAAAUUAAACAAAUCCUGACAGUUAACUGUCAGUAUUAAGUGGCAAUGCCUGUACCAAUCAGAGUCCUGUUCCCAAUUAAUGAACUAUCCCCUGAUACAGUAUAAAGGUUGCUUUUCCUUUACAUUGUUAUAUUUGCAAGUUGUGGUGAUGAGUUCAAGACAGAAAACAUUGACAAAAUGUGUCUUUUUUUUGCAACAAUUUAUUAGUUCCUUAAAAUUGCAUGUUCUCAUGCCACUAGCAUAAACCAGGCUGAGGGCAGCAUAGAGAGUCUGGGCAAUAUCAUGGUGGGGGGGGGGGGGGGACAGGAAAUACUGAAAGGAGACAAAUCCGACUGAGAGGAAGGACCAGAAUUCAAGAAGUGAAGGAGAUUGAGAAAGGUUGCAGAAAUUAUGGAGUUGGUAAAGGGAGAAAUUGGUUCAACUUCUGGCAAGAACGUUUGAGGUGCAGUCACUUUGGCAGCUGAGACUGUUUCAUGUCACCAUGUGAGGGGUAGACUGGACACAGCUUAAAUGGAAGUGAAUCAAUGUCACAAUGGGAAAGGGAAACAUUUAAAGAGAAUGAUAACAGAGCAGGGACAUGACCGGGGGAAGGGAAGGAAAUUAACAGGAUCACAUUGGGAGGGACUGGUGCUUGAUCCAGUAACAUUGUUUCUGUCGAGAUUUGAGAAAAGCAAAUCAUUUCUUUUUUAGUAGACAACAUGCAGCAGAGUCACUGACAACAUUUCUUGCAGUCAGCCGAAGAAAUUGUUUUGUUUUCUAAGGGGAAGUGACAGCUUAGUGGCAUUCUAGAGACCUCAAAAUCUUCCGGGGAAUGGGUUUAGAAGCCCCCGCAACAGAUGGUGGAAUUUGAAUUGAAUAAAAAUCUGUAAUUAAGAGUCUAAUGAUGAUCACAAAUUGUUGAUUGACAGAAAACCCAUCUGGUUCACUCAUGUCGUUCAUGGGAGGAGACUGCCAUCCUUGCCUUGUCAGGCUGACGUGAUUCCAGACCUGCAGCCACAUGAUUGACUGUUAACUGCCCAUUGGGAUGGGUAAUAAAUGCUGGUUUACCCAGUGAUAUCCUUAUCCCAUGAAUGAAUAAAAAAAAUUCAAUAUUUUAGGGACAAAUGACUAUUAAUAGAACAUUUGUUCUCCUAGUCAACAUCGUCACAAUGUAGAUAUCACACCCCAAAGUGUCCAAAGUAUUUAAAAUGAAAUAUUCAUAAUGAAAAAUAAAACCAGACAUUUUGAGCUAGUU